CCCAGAGUGUUCUCAUGAGGCAUCAACUCCAGGCAAAGCCCCUCGGAUUACUGGUCAAUAAUCAGCUGUCAGCAGCUUAAAAUGAGUCAGUGACCUGCAAGUGCUCAUUAUGAAGAAAGAUCUGGUUUUCUUGGUGACUCUAAUUAGCCUUGCCUUCCUGUCGCUACUAAGGUCUGGAUAUCCUCAACAUAUUGCAGAGGAGUCCUGCUCUGUUCAAAUUCUUGUUCCAGGCCUCAAAGGGGAGGCUGGAGAAAAGGGGGAUAAAGGUGCUCCAGGUCGUCCAGGCAGAGUUGGCCCUCCAGGAGAAAAAGGAGAAAUGGGGGACAAAGGACAGAAAGGCAGUGUGGGACGGCAUGGAAAAAUUGGUCCUAUUGGUUCAAAAGGUGAAAAAGGAGACAAUGGUGACAUAGGACCACCAGGUCCUAAUGGCGACCCAGGCAUCCCUUGUGAGUGCAGCCAGCUACGGAAGGCCAUUGGCGAAAUGGACAUCCAAGUGGCCCAGCUAACAACAGAGCUAAAAUUCAUAAAAAAUGCACUGCCCUCCCCCGCAGCUGUCGCCGGUGUGCGUGAGACAGAUCAUAAGAUUUAUCUACUGGUGAAGGAAGAGAAGAGAUACAAGGAAGCCCAGCUCUACUGCCAUGGGAGAGGAGGGACGCUGAGCAUGCCCAAGGAUGAGACUGCCAACAAUCUGAUUGCCUCGUACAUCAACCAGGCUGGGCUCACCAGAGUUUUCAUUGGGAUUAACGACCUGGAGAAAGAGGGAAAUUUUGUCUAUUCUGACCGGUCGCCCAUGCAGACCUUCAACAAGUGGCGGAGCGGGGAGCCCAACAACGCCUAUGAUGAGGAGGACUGUGUGGAGAUGGUGGCAUCUGGAGGAUGGAAUGAUGUUGCGUGUCAUAUCACUAUGUAUUUUGUGUGUGAAUUUGACAAAGAAAAUGUCUAAGCUUCUCUGCUCGCUCUGUAUUUUAAUAGUGUUUAAGCUGAUUGUACAAGUUACCCCGUGUUGAUGGAGUACUAGUGGUAUUUUGCAAGGAUGUUGCAUUGGUGUUGUACAGCUGUAAAUACAAUUUAGGUAUUUCAAAUAUCAGUAUUUACCCUUCAGAAGGGAAGAACAGUGAUAAGAGAGCUUGUUUUUUCUGUAGGAAAAUAUAUGUAUUUAGAUAAAAGGUAGUUUGGGGCUAAAUUCUGCCCUUGCAAGACUUAACAAAUGUGGAUUUCAUGACUGUAAGGGAAGGCAGAAUUUGGCAUUUAGUUGUUAAGGAUGAUUAUUUCUGAAGAAGUAGGUUCCUGAUACUCUUUUAUCUUAGCAAAAUUUGUAGUUCUAAAUGUUAUUUUCUUGUAGUGCUACAGGGUAUUUCAGCAGCAAGGCAAAUAUUUUGUAUACUCCAGUUAAAUUUACAAGUAUUACUGUAAGUUUUUUGGAUGUCAAGAUGUGAAGGUGUUGAAACUUUUUUUUUUUUUUUUUUAAAGCAGCCAAAGUAAAUCAACAAUUCAGUAGUCCUGCCAGUUUUGCAAUGUUUCUUUAAUAAACUGUUUAGAGACAUGUGACAAAAAAGCAGUUAAGUAAACUGAAUUUCAGCGCUGAAGGAGGACAAAUUUUAGUACUGAAAGAGAGAUUUCAGCCAGAUGUUUUGGGGUUGACUAAAAGUAAAAUUUGGUUUUCUUUCUUUUUACAAAAUCCUAAAUAAGAUUUUUGCUUUCUGCAUCCUUUAGUCAGGAAUAAUUCAGUGUAUGGACUGUUUCAAGACCCAAAUAAUUUCUUAAAGUAAAAGCAUUUCAUAUUUGUAUAAGAUGAUCUUGCUGAAUCUCAUUACAAAACAAAAUAACAGCCUUCCACAACAUAAGGUAGACUUCAUAAAUAGAUAACAGAUCUCAUUAAAACUGUUCAGUUGUUUUGGCAGGAAAACAGUUUACAUGUUUACUCAUAUUGUAAGGAUGACCCCCCUGAAAAGCAGAGAAAGUUUCCACAUUUUUUCUGAUUAUGUAUAUAGCAGUAAUAAGUCAUUUUAAUGACACAAUUUAUGUAUUAAGUUUGCAGGUGCAAGUGGUGAAAAAUGUGGUGUAUUAAAAAAAAAAACCACAACACAACAGCAUCAUUUCACAAAAGAAAUUAUGAAUUACUUUGGAACAUCCUGGGACGUUAUUGCAUGACAUCUUAUCUUGCUGUUAGGAAUAGGCAUGUAGCCAUAGUGAGGCAAAAUGUCUGCCUGUUUUUUCAGGAAUACUUUGCACAGUAUUUAAGAUAACUUUUAAGAAGAAAAGAACCUUUAUAUAUCACAGUAAUCAAAAUACAUGUCUGACCAUCAUGGGAGAUUGGUCUACAGGACAUCCACAGUGCAUGUGGCCCCAGAGCUUUUCCUACAGCAAGGCAAGACUGACUCAUACCAACUCUACAGUGCUGUGGUGUAUAAACCAUCAGUGACCACACAAUUCUAUUUCAUAUCUACAGAGUCUGACAUUAAUUAAUAUGAUGCUCUUAAUAUACACCUAAGAAGACAAACCAUUUGCUUGCUAUAUUUACUCUGUGAAUUUGAAUCCCUCAUAUAUAAAUAUGUUUGCUAUUAAUUUUGAAGUUCAGUAGCAAAUUCCUAUAGUAUUUGAAUAUCAGCCCAGCUCCAGAGCAGUGACUUUAAGAUACAAACAUUCUUUGAUUGCUUUACUUUCUACUAAAGGUAGGUGUGAUCCCUGUAUGUUAGGCAUUCUUCCAACUGGAUAUUGAAAGCUAUUCAAUGAUGUGAAUACAGUUUUACACUAAUGUUCAAAGACUCUUUACAGACUUUGCAGGGAGCUAUGAACUCCAGUGGAGCAAUUUGUUUUGAAUAGUGUCUUUUAAAUGUCAUUGUUAUUUCCUGCCUGCUUUAGAAAUCGUCAGAAGCCAUUUAAAUCUCUGACAUCCUUUUGUCAGAUCACUUUGCCCGUAAUAAACCAGUCCAAACCUAAGUCACAGAUAUAUGGAGCCCCCUCAGUAUGUAUAUCCUGCAUUUGCUAACUGUUUAUUUUUCACACAGGUUCUGAAAGUCUCUGUUGUUAAGUUGGAUUUCCUCAGAAACUUAAAAAACGUCCUUCUGAGGAGGUGGGAAUCUUUUUCAGAUGCCAAAUACUCUUAUUUUAGCUGGAAUUCACACCAAGUUUCUAAAGAUUGCCCUGAUGUGUAUGUUUCAGCAAUCUCAAUUUCUACUGAAAUUUAAGGUGAAAAAUAAAGGCAAUGGAAAAAACA